GUGCCCAGCAGAUCCUCGACUGCUCUCGGAUGUACUACAAUGGAGGGUGUAGUGGUGGCAACUACAGAAGAGCCUGGAUGUACAUCAUGGACUAUGGCAUUGCUUCUGACACCAACUACCCUUACCGAUCUGUGGAGGGGACGUGUAAGUACGGAAGAGGAAUGCAGGAAGCAGCAAGUAUGACUUACUACAGGAUAAUCAAGGGA